AUGACAAUACCCAGCAACGCAAGCGCAACACCAAGCGCAACCGCAAACGGCUCUACCUCCUCCUCUCCAUCCGCCCUCCCCUCCUCCCUGCCCCUCCUCUCCCCACGUCCACCCACAAUCCCCUCUACGGGUACGCAACGCGUCCUCAUCGUCGGCGGCGGUCCAGCGGGAAUAGUAACUCUGCGCAACCUGCGCGUGGAAGAGCGCUCCCACGGCGGAACUGCCGGGCUGGACGCCGUCCUGUACGAGCGUCGCGAGUCGAUUGGGGGCGUGUGGUAUCUGGACGAGGGAACGCUUGCCCUCGAAAGGGAAAGGGGAUAUAAUGAUACAACCUGGCCUCUACUUCCCAGCAAGGGCAGCAGUGGUGGGAAUCGUGGAAGUGCCCCUCUCUUUCCUUCCCCGGCAUACAAACAGCUAGUCGGCAACGUCCUUCCUCGCUUCCUCACUUUCUCGGGCGAGGAGUGGCCUGAACUGGAGGGGGGCGAGCCAUUCCCUACGCUCGAAGAGACGUGGCGCUACGUGAACCGCGUGGCAGAUCCGCUCACACCGUACGUGCGGGUGAGGCGGGAGGUCAAGGAGGUGUGGGAGCUCCCCGCCCUCCCGCUCAGCAACACCGAUACGGAUGAGGAAGGGCUUCCCAUCACGGGUGGGUGGCUAGUCCACACGCACGGCCACUCCACAUCACCUCCGACCUCACUUUGGGAGCACUUCGCGGCCCUCUCCCUCUGCCCCUCCUGGACGACUCACCCGGCCUACCCGCCCAUCCCUGGCCUCGCGACCGCCCUCGCCCUCGCUCCGGGAAAGGUGCACCACGCCAAGUGGUACCGCAGCGUUGACCCUUGGUGGGCGAGCAAACGCGUCGUAGUCGUGGGUAACGGGGUCAGCUCGAAUGACAUUGUGUCGCAUUUGGUCGCGAGGCGCAAGGAGGAGUGGGGAGAGCGACCCGGGUGGGAAGAGGGGGAGGAGCCGGUGUACAAGGCCAUCAGGCAUGAGGGGGACUCAAUGUUUCCUUGUUUGGAGGAUGAGAGGAUACGAGAGGUGCCCUUUAUCACGAGGGUGUGCGUGAAGCGGGCCGAGGGAGACGCGGACGUGCAGCUUGAUUUGGAGCUGGCGACGGGGGAGAGGCUGGAGGGGGUAGACCAUCUGAUUUUGGGCACGGGAUACCAACCGGGAGUGUUCGAUUGGGUGCACACCCUCGCGCGCCCCGCCACCCAUCAGGACGUUGCAGCGCUUGACGCAAAGGGUAUCGCAUUACAGCCGGACGGCUGGCACAUUGAUGCUCCUCGCCUCGCUGAAGCCGGAGGCGUGGCGUCGUUGGCGGAGGAAGGGGAUGGGCUGCAAUCGCUGUGGGUCCCGCUGACCGCGCCUCCCUCUCAUCCGUCGGACGAUUCCUCAAGUCACAUAGAAGAGAAAGGCCCCAAACCUCACCCUCACACCCUCAGCUCCCUCAGCAACGAAUCAAUCGACCACGCCCACCCGCGUCGCGUGCCCCACCUACACUCACACUGCCUUCUAGCGCGCAACCCCACGCUAAGCUUCAACGGGCUCAUAGCCUCCGUGGUGCCCUUUGUGCUUGCAGACCUCGUCUCCCUCUACACGCGGCUGGUAUGGGAGUCGCGCCCCUCGCCUGGCUCCGCCACCACCGACUCGCCCCUCCUCUCGCGCGCCUCCUUCAACAAGCGUCGCGCUGACGAGCUAUCUCGUUUCUCCUAUCUUGAGGACCAGAAGCUCCACGCCCCGCCUCCCCGCCCUCUCCACCUCCUAAACGCCCCACGCGACGCCCCGACCAUCUCCUCCAUUCCGGUAGCGCAUCUACCCAAAUCAUUCCACUGUCUCGGCGGGCAGGUGGAGUACGACUUGCAGGUGCGAUUGCGCGCGAAUCUUCUCGAGAGAAAGCCUUGGUUGGGAGAGGUGGUGGGGUUGAGCGCUCAGGAGUGGGGGGAGGAGCGUGAGGUGGUUAGGAGGGGGAUGUACGACGUUAAGAGGGGGUGGUUGGUUGAGAGGGAGAGGAGGGCGAGGGUGGCGCGAGGGAGUAAGGGAGGAUCCACAGUGAACGGACGCGAUGCGUGGGAGAACGGGGAGUAG